AUGCAAGACAUUCCUCUUGACACUAAAAGUAUUAAUGUUAUCUUGGUUGGUAUGGCUGGAAGUGGUAAAACAACUCUUAUGUCUAUACUAGCUGAAAAAACUGAUGCAUAUUUAAUUAAUUUAGAUCCUGCUUGCAAUGAUCCACCAUAUUCACCUGAUAUUGAUAUUAGAGAUACAGUAAAUUAUAAAGAAGUAAUGAAAGAUUAUGGAUUAGGACCAAACGGUGCUAUUGUUACAUCAUUAAAUUUAUAUUCUACAAAAGUUGAUCAAUUAGUAAAUGUUUUACAAAAUAAACAACAACUAACAUUUAUUGAUACUCCUGGUCAAAUUGAAGUAUUUACUUGGAGUGCUAGUGGUCAAGUUAUUAGCGAAGCUUUAUCAAUAUUCGCACCAACAAUUUAUCUUUACAUUGUUGAUACUGCUCGGUGUGUUGAAAACCCAAAUACAUUUAUGGCAAAUAUGACAUAUGCGUGUAGUAUUCUUUAUAAAACUAAAUUACCAUUAAUAAUUGUUUUUACUAAAACAGAUGUUACUCCAUGUACUAAAUUAAAUCAAUGGAUGGAUGAUUAUGAUAAUUAUCUUGAUGCACUAAAUGAAACUGAGUCAUAUGCAAGUGAUCUUCAAAGAUCAUUAUGUCUUGCUUUAGAUGAUUUUUAUAAAAAUAUUCUUCAUUGUGGAGUAUCUUCAAAGACAGGGGAAGGUAUUGACAAAUUAUUAGAAUGUAUUCAAGAAGGAAAAAAACAAUUCUUUGAAGAUUAUUAUCAACAAGUUCAAAAGAAAAAAGCUGAAUAUUUAAAGAAAGAACAAGAAAAGAAAAAUAAACAGUUUGAACAAUUUAAAAAAGACAGAAAGGAAGAAGACACAGCACGUGGUCUUGUUAAUGAUGAUUUUUGUGGUUCUGCAGGAGUAACUUUAUUUAAAGAGGAAGAUGAAGGUAUGAUAUUUAGAAAUGGAGAACGAUUUUUCUAUGGUAAAAAUGUGGAUGAUGAUGAACCUAUUGAAACAGCAAAUGAGGAAGAUAUAAAAUUUGAUAAAAAAAUAGAGAGAGAUGAUAAAGUUGAUGAAUUUGAUUGA